AGUUAUUAUUUGUGAUGCCCAAUUUAAGAAGAUCUGACAAAUGACAAUGAAGCAGCUGCUUCAAUUCUUGAGCCACUACAGUCCUAGGAGGGAAGAGAGUGCAAACUGAGAACAAACAGAAAAAAAGGAAAAGUAAAAAGAAGGCUCUUAUUUUCACAAGGGUCACACCAUUCUCUGUCAGAAACACACACACACCUAGCUUAGAGACCCCUCUUCUUGUUCAGACCCAGAACCCAGAAAAAAGACAAUUUUUUGAGGUUUUCUGAUAAUUCUUGAAAGUGGGUCUGAAUCUUUUUGAGUAAAUUCAAGAAUGGUGUUCAUAACUGAAGAACUGAUCAAGCAGUUGCAAACUUUAAUGGAUGAAAUUGCUGAGCCACUUCACAAGACUUUCCAGAAUGUACAUCAGGGGUACCGAACCGAGACACUGGUGAGGUUUCUCAAAGCUAGGGAUGCCAGUGUCUCUAAAGCACACAAGAUGCUUGUUGACUGUUUAAAUUGGAGGAUAGACAAUGAGAUUGAUCAGAUACUUGCAAAGCCAAUAUUACCCACUGAUUUGUACAGAGCAGUGCGGGACACUCAGCUUGUGGGGAUGUCUGGAUAUUCAAGAGACGGUCUUCCUGUCGUAGCUGUUGGUGUAGGGCUCAGCACAUAUGACAAAGCGUCGAUUCACUACUAUAUUCAGUCACAUAUCCAAAUGAAUGAAUACCGUGACCGUGUAAUAUUGCCUUCUGCAUCAAAGAAAUUUGGGCGGUAUAUUGGGACCUGUAUAAAGGUUUUGGACAUGACUGGUCUAAAGCUUUCUGCACUGAACCAAAUCAAGCUCUUAACUGCUAUAUCUACCAUCGAUGACUUAAAUUAUCCUGAGAAGACAGAGACGUAUUACAUUGUUAAUGCUCCAUACAUUUUUUCAGCGUGCUGGAAGGUUGUGAGACCUCUUUUACAAGAAAGAACCAAAAAGAAAGUCCAAGUGCUCUCAGGCUCAGGAAAAGAUGAACUAUUGAAGAUAAUGGAUUAUGCAUCUCUGCCACAUUUUUGUAAAAGAGAAGGCUCGGGUUCAUCUAAGCAUUCUAGAAAUGGUACAAAUGAUAAUUGUUUCUCAUUGGAGCAUGCCUUUCAUCAGCAGCUCUAUGAUUUUAUUAAGCAGCAAGCUGAAGCAUUGGAGGCUGUUGCACCAAGCAAAGAAGGAUCUGUCCAUGUGACCUUACCUGAGCCAGAUCCAGACGAUGCGAAGAUUGCUGAAACAAUAGAAUCUGAAUUUCAGAGGAUCAGGAAGAAAAAUGGAAUUUGCCAAUCAUUUCAUGAAAUUAAGAUCAAUGGUGAUUGAAGCAGAAUGGAAAUGAAUUUGCAUUUUGGCUGUUUCACUGUAGUCUUGGUUAUUGCUUACUUUUACAUGAGGAUUUAAGCAUUGUAAUACUAAUGGCUUGCAUCAUCUCGAUGCAGGAUUUAGAUAGAACCUAAGUUGUAACAUGACAAUACUACCUUGGAGUGGACUAUAUGGAUGGUCGAAAAUGCUUAAAGAAUCCCACGAUGAAUUUUACGCGCAUUUUGCUUAAUUGA